AUGACUAUUGAAAACAUCACUUCCGGAUUCAAAGUUACUGACAUUUGGCCACAUAAUUCAGAUAUUUUUGCUGAAGAAGAUUUUCUACCAUCCAAAGUAACUGAUAGAUUCAAUGGUGCAUCAGAUGAAACAUUGACAGAUUGUGAAGCUGUGAAUCCUAACAGUUUGAAUAAUUUAGAGUCUACAGAUCAAGUUUUUUCACAGCAGGAUAGUGCCUACAAACCAAGUGAAUCAUCAAAUCCCCAAUUGAAUAACACUAUUGAAACUUGCAAAAAUGUUCUACAAUAUUUAAACCUGAAGACAUCAGGCCAUUUCCAGUUGCUCCACCUAGGAAACUGA